AGUUUUGUCUGUUCGUUAUUAUCGCUGUUGUUUAUUAUUAUUUUUAAAGGCAAUAUUAUGCUUUUAUUUUAAAAUAUUUUUUAAGAUUUUACCGUUUACAUUUUAACUAAUUUUGAGAAAUUGUUUGGUGAUAAGAAAGACCAUGUCUCGCUCUUUAAACUCACCCACGGGAACUUUUACUGGGAUUCUUACUCCAGAAAUGCAAUUGGCAAGAAUUCUUAGAGAUAUCGAAGAUUGUAUUGAAAAGCUGAAAGAAGAGUUCCAAUAUGACCAUUUUCCUUUAAAUGAUGACAAAGUAAGCGUUCAAAAGUUUUGUGCAAAAAUCGAACUUCUUUUACAAGUUGGCUUAAAAGAUAAAAGAAGCGUUUUAGGCAACAAAAAGGAUUAUUGGGAUUAUAUUUGCCAAUGUAUAUCUGGUCAGGAUCAUCUUGCCGAUGCUGUACGACUUGUAAAGAGAAUAUCAGAGAUUAAAACUUCAAAGGGUAGGGGGAGAGCUUUAAUAAGAUUUUGUCUUGUUCAUCAAAGAUUGGCUGAUACUUUGCAACAUUGUGUUUUAUCAAUUGAAGUAACAAGGCUGUAUGAUUUGAAUGAUAUUCAAUUUGAUUUACCUUGUCAAGGUUAUGAUCUCGAUAUUUCAUGGCCUAGUUUUUCUCGGAAAGUUCUCCCUAUUACAGUAACUUCUCCCCCAUCAAUGCGAAAUUCAAUUAGCAUGCAAUCUUCGAUCGAUGGUGCUAGUCAACAUAGUUCAUCACCAACUCAAUCCGAAUGCUCCCAGUUAGACGAAAGUAUCCUUGAUUCAUUCGCCAUUAAACUGGAUCUACAAGUAAAACUAGAAAAUUUAGAAAUGGAAAAGGCUGAUUUGGCCAGAAAAUUAAAAAAUGCCGAAGAGGACAAUAUUAGAAUAGAAGGAAAAUGUAACGAAUACGCUUUGAGAUUAGAGUCAACAAAAUCUGAAAUGUUAAUAAAGGAAAAAAGCUGGUCAGAAAAGGAAAAUGAACUUCGUGCAAGACUGCAAACUUCAGAAGAUAAAGCAGAAAGUUUACAAGACAAAAUUAAGGACUUAAGUGAGGGGCUUUCAGCUGCAAUGUCCCAGUAUGCUUCAGGGUCAACAGAAUUACUUAAUCAGUUGAAAGUUCAAUUCAAUGAGAGUUCCAAAAAUGAAAUAAACGAAAACCAAAACCUAUCAUUUAAAAUCGACGCUUUAGAGAAAUCUGUAAACGAAAAAAAUGCCUUACAAGAUCGUGUAGAUAUUCUAGUCGUUCAAUUAGCCGAAAUGAAGGACAACCUCAGAACUUGUGAGAAAGAGUUAUUAUAUAAAGAGAAUCUUAUUGAAGAAUUGCAGAGCCAAGUUGGGUCAAAAAGUGAAAAAGUUUUGAUGUCGGAAUUGGAUGACCUGAAACUGCAGUUAUUACAAAAAGAGACUAAACUGCUAGAAAAUGAAAGGCAGAUGCUUGAGUAUGAAAAACUUAAUGAUGAUUUAAAAAGAGAGAACUCAUCGCAUAGUAGAGAAAAUACAGAGAUUGAAUCGACAACUAAGAAAUUAGAAAGUGAAGUUGAAAUUCUGAAUCUUCAAAAUGAAGAAUUAAUGGAUAGCAUUAAAAAGCUUGAUCUUGCUUUAAGCGAACAAAUUAAAGCUAAAGAAGAUCUAAUUUCUAUGAAAGAUGAAAUAACUAGAGAGACACUUGGAAAAGAUAAACUAAUCAAAGAUUUGGAGCUUAGAAUUGAAAAUUUAAGCAAGAUAGAAUCGUUAGAAUUACGAUUUGAAGAACUUCAAUCAGAAAACAAUCAAUUGACAAAAGAUCUAACGGAAAAAGAAUUGACUAAUUCCCAAUUGCAGCAAUCAUUACAUGACAUCAAGCGUGAUUUAACAGAGCAAAUCGAUGAAUUAAGAUCAACUAGUGAGACCGAAAAUCAACAGGCACAGUUCUCCUUGAGUGAACUUGAUCAUUUAAAAUCAGAAAUUCUGGACAAAAAGAAGCUCUCUGAAACAACGGAAAAAGAAAAUGCCGACUUGAAGGAAAAAGUGGAACAGUUGAAAGAAAAGUUAGAAGAAAGUCUAUUAAACACCUUAAUUACUAAUAAUACUUUGACGCCCGGGCAGAAAAUGGCAAACGAAUCGAAUAAGAAAUUGGAGAAUAUAUGUGAAACGUUAGAGCAGAAGAUAAGCGCGUUGAACUUUCAGGUUAGCACUCAACAGUUGGAAACGGAGAGAAACCUACAGACUGUAACUGAAUCUAAAACUGCUCUGCAUUUAAUGAAACAAAAGUAUAAUAAUCAAGAAGAACUUAUUGAGAGUCAACAAUCUGAAUUAGAAUCAAUUGGACAACAACUUACCAAAGAACAAGAAGAAAGAACAAAAGUUGAAAUAAAAUUGAAAGAAGAUCGUAAAACGUUGACAGACGAGUGCAAGUUAUUAAAGAGAGAGUUAGCGAAAACUUGCGAUAGAUUGGAAGAAGAGUCAAAAACAUUUUAUGAAUACAAAAAACAAAAACAACAGAAGGAGGAAGAGUUGCAGGAGGAAUUGAAAUUGGCAAGGGAAAGUUUGGAGAUUUUGGAAGCCGAUCAUAAUUUAUUAAAGGAUAGUCUAGUGAAAAUGAUAAGAGACAAAGCUGAUUUAUGGGCUGAGAAUAAUGCUCUAAAAACAAGAGAGAGUUGUAGAUCAAUAUCUGGUUGGGUAGACGAUUCUGAAGCUACAGAGUGCUAUUCGUGUAAAACUUCUUUUUCAUUAACUUUCCGCAGACAUCAUUGCCGUAUUUGCUUACGCAUAUUCUGCAAGAAUUGCGCCAAUAAUCUUAUCAGCUCCCCAGAUAAUUGCAAUAAUAAAAUUCGAGUUUGCGACCUUUGUUUCUCUCUUCAAAAGGAAAUCGAUACAAGCAAUCUUCUGCAGAAUCACAUCCCGGAGGAGUCGAAUUUCGACGUGAUCAGUGAGGAAGAAGUAAGAGAGUCCUUAGACGAGUCUCGUGAAGUUGAUAAAUAUGGAGGACGAGUUAUAAAUAAAAAUGAUAUAAUCAAUGGAAAAGCCGCUUUUCAUGAGAGAACGAUAUCUCCAAAACAAGUUGUAAAUUUUCCGAUAUUAAUUGAUAGUGGAGGCGUCAGUUUAUCAUGGUCUUUUAAAACCAAACCGAAAAAUAUUACCUUUGGUAUAACGUAUUAUAAAAGUGCUGAUAUGACCGAAAGUGGCGAUGAAGAAAUUUUAUUACAACUUGACAGCGUUCCGUCUCACAAGGACAACGUAAAUGGCUCUAUUGAGGCUCAUGAACCGGGGGUCUAUGUUCUAAUUUUUGAUAAUACAAUUUCUAAGUUUUUGGAUCAUAUAUUGUAA